AUGCUUACCUUGAAUGGGAAAAUAAUUCCAUUGGUACACACACUAUGUGCUGUAUCUGCUUUUGUAGCCGCUUUGCUCACAGGUUAUAAUUUACAUUUUCACAAGAUUGUCACAAAUGCACAUUACACUUACCCAGAUGAAUGGUUCCCCAGUGUGUCGGCAACUAUUGGUGAUAGAUAUCCAGAAAGAUCUAUCUUUCAAAUUUUAAUUGCUUUAACUGCCUUUCCCAGGUUUUUAUUGUUGCUGGGCCAUUUCUUCUUAAGUCGUUCCAAGUUUAUCCUAUUAGUUGGUGUAUUACGUACUGUGACAUGUGGGGGUUGGGUAUACAUUACAAGUACAGAUGAUCAUGAUAUUCACGAUAUAUUUAUGAUAGCAUAUAUAGUUUUGACCUUACCUUGGGAUAUCAUGAUUACUAAAGUUUCUCCAUUUAAGUUGAAGAAAGCUUUAACUGCAACAACAUUUUUCUUGUUGUUAAUCCCAAUGUUAUAUUGGUAUUAUCAGCAUCAAGUUAAGCAUGUGGCAGGUGCUUAUUCUAUAUAUGCUUAUUUCGAAUGGUCACUGAUUUUCCUUGAUAUUGGUUUUGAUAUGUUAUCAUAUACAGAUUUUCAAUCUCUAACUAUUAAUAUUGAUUUACAAGAUAUCUUCAAAGAUUCAAAAAGAAGUUUAUUCACAAAUAAUAAAAUGGAAAUAAAUGAAAGGGUUUCAAUAAAGCAAUUUGAUAAAGUGAAGCCAAUUGAACCAAUUAACCCUAAAGACACGAUUUUUACAUAUGAUUCCUUCUUUUAUAUUUUAACCAACACAGUCAAUUCAUUUAUAUUUUGGUCUGCAAUCACUUCAUUAUACUGUAUGGUAUGGUAUUUCCCAUUAUGGUAUAUGGGUAUUUCAGGUUAUGAAAUCGCCAUAUUUGGUACUACAGGCUGUGUCUUUUUGGCAUUGCCUCUGAUGUCCACCAUUAUUUAUCAUUAUGGUAGCUUAUUUGGUGGAGUUAUUAGUAUUGGUGCCUACUUAAUCAACACACCAGAAAGUAGACUAAUUGUUGUGUCUAUUAGUUGUGCAAUUCUUGUUGCUACAUUUGUUCAAAAUCUUAUAAGAAUUACAACCACUGAAGUAUUUACUUCUUACUCUAUUUCGUGGUUAUUGGGGUUGGUAUUUUCGGUGAUUAUUAAAAUGGGUUUCUAUUCUAAUAACCCAAUUUGGGCUAUCAUGAAUGAAGAUACUAACGGUUACAAUAAAACUGGUAUUGUGGUUGCAAUUAUAUUUGGUAUGGUAGUACCUUUUACUAACCAGAUACAUUCACUUCCAUCUAAAUUACCAAGAAGUGAUUUUAAUAUUUUUGUUAAAUUUUUAAUCUCUUUGGGUUUUGGUGCAUUAAUGUUUAGUAUUCAUCAAUUAUUAACAGAUUCAUCAACUAUUAUAUACUGGUCAUGGGAAGGUUACUCAGAACAUUCUGGUCCCUUACAAUGGCCAUGGAGUGCAUUAACUUGUGCAAUAAUGGUAGUUGCUGUGGUUCUCUCUGUUUAUUUUAUCAAUAAACCAUUAAUACCAUCAUUUAUUUUAGUCAUUUCUACUAUUGUUCUAUGUUUGAAAGAAGUUAAAGAGUGGAAUAAAUAUAUUGGAGGUGGUUUACUUUAUGUUGCAUCAGUGAUCAUGGUGACUCCAACUUAUUUAAUGCUGGUGGCGUCUACUAGGAGCAUCUGUGUUUUCACCUUUUCAUUAUUUUUUUACAACAUUCUGAUUUUAGGACAUGUCUGGGUAGUGGCAUAUGCAUUUGUUCCAGGAGGUUGGCUUUUAAGAGAACAAAUUGAGUUACUUUUAGGUUUCUCUACAACAUUGAUUUUAUUAGGCCUAAUAUUUAAAAAACCUAUUCAACAAACUCAAUUAACUAAAAAGUUUGUAAGAAUAAUUUCGCUUUUCGCGUUAGUUUGUUUGUUGUUGACUGGUGGUUUCACUUAUAAUAAUAGACCAACAGGAGUUCCUAUUCCAUAUCAUCCAGAUUCUAAAGUGAUUACUGCCGGUAUCUGGACAAUUCAUUUCGGUUUAGAUAAUGACUUGUGGGCAUCUGAAGAUCGUAUGAUUAACUUAAUCAAAGAUAUGGAACUAGAUGUUGUCGGUUUAUUGGAAACCGAUUCUCAACGUAUUGUGAUGGGAAACAGAGAUCUAACUAGUAAACUUUCACAUGAUUUGAAUAUGUAUGCUGAUUUCGGUCCUGGUCCAAAUAAACACACAUGGGGUUGUAUAUUACUUUCUAAGUUCCCUAUUGUCAAUUCUACGCAUUUCUUGAUGCCAUCUCCUGUGGGUGAACUUGCUCCAGCUAUACAUGCUACCCUAAGGACAUAUGAUGAUGUAUUAGUUGAUAUUUUUGUUUUCCACUCUGGACAAGAAGAAGAUGUGGAGGAUAGAAAACUUCAAACAGAAGCAUUAGCUAAAUUGAUGGGUUCCACCGAUAGACCAACUCUACUAUUAAGUUAUUUGGUCACUGAACCAUUGCAAGGUAAUUAUAACACAUAUGUGAGUGACAUCUCAGGUAUGCACGAUAUAGAUCCGAGUGAUGAUGAAAGAUGGUGUGAAUACAUUUUGUACAAGAAUAUUAAGAGAAAUGGAUAUGCUAGAGUUGCUAGAGGUAGUAUUACGGAUACUGAAUUGCAAGUUGGUAAGUUCCAAGUGUUAACUAAUGAGGAAUUAACUGAAGCAGGAGACUCAAUAUAUAAUACGGAAUGGACAAAUGAACAGGAUGAUGAUGACUUAAAAUUUCCAGAUAAAUUUAGAGGAGAUGGGGAGGAUGGACAUUUCUAUCAUGUAUUGAGUGAUCCUCGUUAUUUCGAUUAA